AUGGUGUUCGUGCCUGCUGCAGCCCCGCUCGCCCUACUCCUCGUCACUCCGUACGACCUUUCCCUCUCUUCCUCGUGCCUCGCCCGCAACUUCUACGGAAUCCACUCCCAGCAGAGCCUCUUUAUUACUGACGAUGCCUGUCUCGCGCAGUCGGCCGACCUUCUCACGGCGGGCUCCAUUGUUCCCCUCGAGAGUGCGAGCGCGCAGGGUCUCAUUUGGCUCGAGGAGAAGGCCGUAGAUAAUGCCAUUCGCCCUGCCUCAGCCGCAGACGAGCUCGAUGCAUUCUUAGUUGAACUUACUGGCCCGCAGGCAGACACCAGCGGGCAGCAAGUGAUAGCAGCCCACACUGGCCAAGCACGGGUUUUGGCUCGCACAAUCUCCUCCGCACUCCUCUCCCUCGAUCCCGAGCGUGCACUCACGCUCGACACGCGUCUUCCGCGUUUCUGGAAAGCCAUACCCAUCCCUGCUGCGCCCAUCCCCUUCGCUUCCGUCAGGCAGGAUGCCGUGAAGCGCAUAAAGGACAUCCUCGCGUCGGCCAGGUUCGACCCCGUCGUUGCCUCUCUCGUGAACGAUCUCUCCAUCCCGCAGAUGGUCAAAGACGUGCGCUACCUCACCGGCGAGGACCCCACAUCCGACAUCGUCUCCCGCCACUCGUUCUCGCGCGGCGCGCUGGAAGCAGCAGCGUGGUUGAAGACGCAGUUCGAGAGCACCGGAGCGACCUGCGAGCUGAAGCCGUUCCUCCGCGGCUUUGCGCCGAACGUCGUCUGCACGUUCUCCGCGACGGAGGACACGACGGAGACGAUCCUGCUGAGUGCGCACUACGACAGCCGCGGCUCGUUCGGGAGCACGCGCGCGCCGGGCGGGGACGACGACGGCUCCGGCACGACGUCACUGCUAGGCAUCGCGCGCACGAUCGGGCGGAAGCGCGUGUCGUUCCGGAAGAACGUGCAGCUCGUCGCGUUUGCGGGCGAGGAGCAGGGGCUGUACGGCUCCCGGGCGUAUGCGCGCGAGCUGCAUGACGCGGGCGCGAACCUUACGCUGGUCGUGCAGGCGGACAUGCUGGGGUAUCACGUCUCGGGCGAGCCUGCGCAGCUGGGCUUGCCCGAAAAGAUUGGUACGCCUGAGCUCGCUGAGCUCUUGAAGGUCCUCGCGGUGUGGUACUCCCCCGAGAUCACCGUUGGCUACUCAUCCGCGUGCUGCAGCGAUCACCAGAGCUUCUAUGAGCUGGGCUUCCCUGGUACACAGGUCUUCGAACGCGCAGGCCCGAUCGCGGACCCGAUGUACCACAACAGCGGCGACCUGAGCGAACGCCAGGGCUACGACUUUAUCCAGAUCAAGAGCAUCGCGAAGGUGCAGUUUGCGACCCUGCUGUAUUCGGCGGGGUAUGAGGUUUCUGCGUAG